AUGCUGGAUGAAGUAGCAAGCCCUGGAAUGCUUUCAGCUGAACUUGAUGGGAGAUUCUGGUCAGAGCUUAGAAGACCAAAAACUGAUAUUAGUGCAUCUGGCAAAGAUAAGACUCAGGAGGUACAUGCAGGAUGCAAGGAUAAUGGGAUUAAGAAGGCUUCUACUCAGACUUCAGGAGGUUUGGGAAGCCACACGGGUGGCACUGACUGGGCAAUGUAUGAAGCUCUGAAUGUGAAGCAGAGAUGUAACAUAGGCCAGAGAAAAUUAGAGAAGGCAGAAACAUGGACACCUGAGGAAGGAUGCAAGGAAUUUUUGGAGGAGCUUCUGGUUUCCUUGCAGUGGGGAAGAGAGCAGACCUACUGUCCUAGUGCCCAGCCCCACAGCACAGCAGAACUGGCAGUAACAAAUCACAAGUUGGCAAAAGCAGUACAUUCUCACCUUCUGGGAAAUGUGGGCGUCAGCAGUCAAAAGAAGAUUCCAUCACCAGUUGAGUUCUGCAGCACCCCAGCAGAGAAGAUGGCUGAAAAAGUUCUACGCAUUCUGGAUCCAGUUACCUGUACAGAAAGUUCAGCUGACAGUCCAUUUGCUGAAUCUUCAACAACCACAUUACUUGCUGUGAAGAAAAAUAUUGGACGAUUCCAUCCCUAUACUAGAUAUGAGAAUAUAACUUUCAAUUGCUGUAACCACUGCCAGGGAGAACUUAUUGCCCUUUAACAUUCAAUAUGUUGGAGAUAUAUUUAUUACUGAAGUCAUUAUUCUUUGGGAGCUGGGGUUCUUAGGAUGCUAGAAGUAAUAUCAUGUCCUCUUUACAUAAUGUGUAUCCACAGAGCUAUUUCAUAUAUUGGAUUCCACAUUACUCUGUCUUAAUAAAUAUCUCAGGUAAGAAAAAAAUGAAACUGUGUUCUCUAUUUAGGGCAGAGAAUACUUUCCAGGCAUUACACAGUAUUUAUGCUAAAAGACCUUAAAACAUUUUUAUAACUUACUUUUAGGCAGGCCCUAAAUUGCUAUUUAUCUUGUUAGAUAUUUUAUAUGGAGUAGUUUCAUUUUGCUACACUAAAGGCAAAAACAGGCAUGAGUCAAAUGUGUGCACACUUCCACUACUGUCCAGUAUGUUUUCUGCAUUGUAAUAGCAAAGUGGACCAAAUAUACCAGAGCUUUUUUGGCCUACAAAGCCUUGAGAAAGUUUUCUGACCUCCUACUCUCCCACUCAAGUUGAGUAGCUGAGAAGGUAAGCAAUAGAUUGUGUUCCCUUUAUGGCAGUUUGGGGGACUACAAAACAGGCUUACAAAAAUACUAAGGGUGAAGGGGCUAAUCUUAUAAAAUUAAAUGCUAUAAAUAUUUUAGAGCUAAGUUAGUGAGUAGUUCAAUAAAACAUGUUCUCAAAUUGCUUCUUUAGAAGGGAGUCUGUUUUGUAUGGGUGUAAACUAACAUAUGAAAGAAACAGAUUCUAAAUUAUUCAUUAUGGCACACUACUCAAAACAAGAGUAUUCAGUUUAAUAUUUACAGUAUAUAGUAGGGAAGGUAGAAUCAGGAAUAUUGUAUAAACUCAAAAUUCCAAUCUGUCAAUUAAUAUAUAUGAUGUACUGUUAUAUGAUGAAACAUUGUAAAAUGCCCUUUUAUUAGCCUUGUAAAAUAUUCACAAAGUAUUUAUGUUGAAUUAUACAAUUUGAAGUAGCUACCAGAGAAAUCUUCAAAAGACAAAUCAGGUCAAAUACUAAUAUAUUUUAAUGUUAUCUUAAAGGGUCCUUUUGGUCUGAAUCAUGUAAUAAAUUUGUUACUUUCUUUA